AUGAGGUCCAUUGUUAAAAUCCCCUUCAUUUUGUUGUGUUUCCUGAUAGCUGCAGCUUGGGCUCAAGAUGUAAGGCCUGAGAUUCCAGAGGAUAUUAGGCCCACAACAACUACAACAACAACAGAAACCCCAACUUCAACAACUGAACCCCCAACUUCAUCAACAGAGCCCACAACUUCAACAACUGAACCCAUAACUUCAACAACUGAACCUACAACAUCAUCAACUGAGCCCACAACUUCAACAAGUGAAUCCACUACUACUUCCACCACAAAAGCCACUUCAACAACAGAAUCAAUUCCAACUACAACAACAGAAUCAAAUACAACAAUAGAGAUCACCACAAAUACUACAACAGAACCUAACAUAACGACAACUACAGAGAGGAAACCAUUACAUCCGACCCACCAGCCUCCCCAUGUGCGACCCACUUCCACUCCACAGAACUCUAGGUUGAUGCAACCGCUAGAAAGGUGUUUUUUGAGAAACAAGUUGGAGUACAUUACCGGCUGGCCAUACCCGUCAACGAUCAACUGUUAUCGCUGCUGCUACUAUUACGACUGCCAUCUCACCCAAUGCAGUAAUCUUCACCAGGGGGCCUGUUCGCAAUAUGACUUCGAAAAAUUAAAAGUACACGUGAAUUGGAAACAAGUCUAAUAAAAGCGGAUCGCCUAAUA